GCCCGCAGUUAGAGCAAACGCAUUUCAGAGUGAAAGUUGUCUCCACCUGGAACGACCCGGAAUACCGUUAGCGUUUUCCUCGCUUUUGACCAUUUUGCUCUUUUAAAAAAAUGAGACGUAAGGAAAAAAGACUGAUGCAGUUCGCUGGCUUGCUCAUAGCGGCUCUUCUUUUCCUACCAAACGUGGGUCUGUGGUCCUUGUACCGAGAUCGGGUGUUUGAGAACUCGCCAGAGAUAGUCGAAGGACCCGGUGGUAUCCCCCAGAUACAGGGGUUGAACGUGAGGCCCAGAAAGGACGAUGGCGUGAGGAAGAAAGACUGGCACGACUACGAAGCGAUCAAACGAGAUGCAGCCCGCUCAGGUAACGGAGAGCAGGGGAAACCGUUCCCUCUGACCGACGCCGACCGCGUGGACCAGGCGUACCGGGAGAACGGCUUCAACAUCUACGUGAGCGACCGCAUCUCCCUCAACCGCUCGGUCGCCGACAUCCGCCACCCGAACUGCAAGCAGAAGCUGUACUCGGAGAGGCUGCCCAACACCAGCAUCAUCAUCCCCUUCCACAACGAGGGCUGGUCCUCACUGCUCCGCACCGUGCACAGCGUGCUCAACCGCUCGCCGCCCGAGCUCAUCGCCGAGAUCAUCCUGGUGGACGACUUCAGCGAUAAGGAGCACCUGAAAGCCUCGCUGGAGGAGUACAUGGUGCGCAUGCCCAAGGUCCGGAUCCUGCGCACCAAAAAGACUGAGGCUUUCAGACGAGGACUGCUUCGAGACGGCUCAGAUGGAGCUCAUCCUGGCUGUUACAAAAAAGUUUUUUUUUUUUUUUCACGUCCCUCAUCCCUGACUAAAUGGUUCCUUGUCUCGAUCUCUCCGAUGCCCUCAGACCGGAUCGCCCAGAACCGCAAGUCCAUCGUGUGCCCGAUGAUCGACGUGAUCGACCACGACAACUUCGGCUACGAGACGCAGGCGGGGGACGCCAUGCGCGGCGCCUUCGACUGGGAGAUGUACUACAAGCGCAUCCCCAUCCCCCCCGAGCUGCAGAAGGAGGACCCCAGCGAGCCCUUCGAAUCACCUGUGAUGGCCGGCGGCCUUUUCGCUGUGGACAGGAAGUGGUUCUGGGAGCUGGGAGGAUAUGACACGGGCCUGGAGAUUUGGGGAGGGGAGCAGUACGAGAUCUCCUUCAAGGUGUGGAUGUGCGGGGGGCGCAUGGAGGACAUCCCCUGCUCCCGAGUGGGUCACAUCUACAGGAAGUACGUCCCCUACAAGGUCCCGGGCGGAGUCAGCCUGGCCAGGAACCUGAAGCGCGUGGCGGAGGUGUGGAUGGACGAGUACGCCGAGUUCAUCUACCAGCGGCGGCCCGAGUACCGCCACCUGUCGGCCGGGGACAUGAGCGCGCAGAAGGAGCUCCGCGCCUCCCUCAGCUGCCGGAACUUCCGCUGGUUCAUGAGCGAGGUGGCCUGGGACCUGCCCAAACACUACCCCCCCGUGGAGCCGCCCGCCGCCGCCUGGGGGGAGCUGCGUAACGUGGGCAGUGGCAUGUGUGUGGAGAGCAAACACUUCACCUCCGGGACGCCCAUCCGCAUGGAGACCUGUCUGAAGGGGCGGGGCGAGGCAGGGUGGACCCAUGGGCAGGUGUUCACGCUGGGCUGGAGGGAGGAUGUCCGCGUGGGUGACCCCAUGCACACAAAGAAGGUCUGCUUCGACGCCAUCUCCCACAACAGCGCCGUCACCCUGUACGACUGCCACGGCAUGCGGGGCAACCAGCUCUGGAAGUACAGGAAGGAUAAAACCCUAUACCACCCCAUCAGUAACAGCUGCAUGGACAGCAGUGCGGCUGAUAAGAAGGUGUUUAUGAGCACGUGCGACCCCAGCUCCCCGAGCCAGUGGUGGGCGUUCGAGAAGACCAACGGCACGGUCCUGGAGCAGUUCAACCACAGCGAGAACUGAGACCGCAGCGGCGCGCCUGCACCCGGGAGUGUGUGUGUCACAGCGUGGGGGGUGGGAGGGAACGGGGGGGGGGGGGGGAGGACUUAUGCCAGUUUUACGCUCACGGAGGGACGGGAUGACGCUGAGGGGCGUUAAACGGGCAGACCGGUCUGGACUUCACCGGGCAGAGACACGCUGUGGCGGGACGGGGCGGUUUCGGAGGAGGCGGGGCUUCGUACGGCAGUGAGGUCACACGUGGCGCGGCAGGACACCGCGGCGUCUCCCGGUCCCACCCCCCACCCCCCCGACCGGCCGGCCUACAGGCCAAGUCUGCCGUUUCCUGGCAGCUCACUGAUGUCACUUCCUGUACGUCUGCCUCAAUUACACUCGGUUCCAAGUCCCACGCAGCACCCCCCGCCCCCCCUUCUGUGUCAUCACCCCCUCCUCCCCCCCCCCCCCCCCCUUCUGGUUUGGUCUUAACCCGCUGUGGAUGAAGGAACACCUUGAACAUGCCAUACGUCACGCAGUGGGCAUAGCACAUACUAACGUCCCCAAAAACACGGACAUUGGGAGACGGCUUCGGCUUCUCUUCUACGUUUAUGCUGGCCGUUCGUUUGAUUUGUAGUAAAACUACUAGGCGAAUAUUUUUGAAAUGACUGUGCAAUGUGUCUGGAUUCACACCAGGGUACACGACCGAUCGCUAUAGGAUGCCGUUGAAGCGUUGGCUAUGCGGUGCAGUCAUGAGGGAAUUGGACUUCAGCUCGGAAGGUUGCGGGUUCGAAUCCCUGGUUGGGUUCUGCUGUUGCGGCAUUGAGCUGGCUAAUUUGACUACUUCGGUAGGAGGGAAAAUUGGAUUGGAAAUGAGUAGGAAUUGUGAAUGUUGUGGCGAAAUGUGUCUGAUUAUUGUUUUGCACAGUGUACGUCUGUCACUACACGUCUCCGCCUAUCAAAUAAACGGCAAGUUGAGAAAUAAGUAGCCGGGCCGUCCCGGGGAAUGGCGGCUGUGUCCCGGCAGGCGCUCCAGAUGAGGACGUCUGCCAGGCCAGUGAGUUUGUGAAAAGAUCAAAUUAAGUGCUGUAGUUGAUCCUAGACUGGUUUGCUGGUUUGGGACAUGAAUUUGUUUUUGUUUUUUUUUGUUUUGGGGGGGGUGGGGGUGGGGGUGGCAGAGAUCCAGUGCAGGGGAAGGGUUCACUGGUGAUGAUAAACUUGAAUGAAACAUUUAGUGCCUUCCUGGAAAAAAAUUCAAGAAGCCCAACCAAACCAAAUCUCUCCCUGCAAGUUGUCAAGUUAAAGAAUGGAUGUGUAAAUAUCCACCAGCCUUUUCUCCAUUUACCUUUUAUCUGUAUUGAUACAGAAUCAUGUUUUGUUUUUUUAUUUUUAUGAGUAGUUUGCUGUUCUUGAAAUGUGUUCCCCAGAUAAGACAAGCGAACAUUGCUCAUAUCAAUCAGGGCUCCGAUAUAGCUUUCUGCCUGCAGCAGAUGUUGCUGUAUGUGAACCCUGCUACACGGAGUUAUUACAUAACUGUGAACCCUUUGUGCAGUAAUACGCCGUGUAAACAGGUAGGAAGUGUCCCAACUUAAUUGGUGCUCAUUUCUUUUCUUUUCUUUUUUUUAAUGUUUAUGGGGUGUGAGGAGAUCUUACUGUCGCAGGGCUGUUCAGCCUGGCGUACGUAAGGCUGGGUUUAUAGAUGUCGUCUCUCUGUGCCGUUUGUGAUGGGUGAUUUUGAGCAUUUAUUUUCUGUGUACUUUAAUUAUUGUUCUGAAAAAUUGCAAUGAUUUGGGCAUCAUUAUUUUUUAUGUUCUGUGGCUAUGCAUUUCUUUUCUUUUUUGUGAACUAGACUUGGCAUAGAUUCACCAGCAGCUGGAGAGGUCCCCUUUAGAAGGGAAGGGGUGUGUGCGUGUAUGUGUGCGUGCGUGUGUGUGUGUGUUAUAGACUGGAGAACUCUCCUUGGUUUGUGUGUGUGUGUGUGUGUGUGCGCGCGUGGGGGGCGGGGGUGUGGAUGUGGGUUGCGGUGUGGUUGUGGGUGGGGGUGUGGGUGUGAGUGUGCCUGCGUGUGUGUGUGUGUGUGUGUGUGUGUGUGUGCGCGUGUGUGUUUGUUUGUUUGUGUUUGUGGUAGACCAGCAUGGCAGCGUGUCUAAUGUCUGCAUUCUGAAAGAGAAGUGUUCUCUGUGGCCUUUUCCACUCAAAGUAACUAAAUGUAUGUUGCUGCGAAAAAACACGUGGUUUGGUUCUCUUAAAGCCUGAUUACCCCUAAAAAUUCUAAUCCUAUUGGCCAAAAUUACAUGAUUUUUCUGAUGGAGAGUAAAUGAUCAGAAAUGACACGCACUGAUCUUUUUUUCUUUUAAUUACUCUUUACAUAUGAGAGAGAAUUGGCAGUAUUUUUGGUGGGAGGUGCUUUAAUGAAGAAAUUCUGCACUUUCACACACGCAGCACAUGCAUUGCCAAUCGUUCGUUCAUUUCUGAAGUAUAUUUAAUUGAUAAAGAUCUUAUUUGUGUUAAACUGAUGGUGUAUGAUAUAUGAUAUCAAAUGGGGCUUCUGAAGUCACCAGUUCAAAUCAAAUGUACUUGAUAAAAUUGAAUCAGAUUUUCUCAUAUGGUAUAUUAAGGAACCGCAGGUUGUCCAGUAGAUGUGUAAAAGGUUAAAUAUUGAAAACCAAAGCUUUUCAAGAUUGAAUUUGAUUAAAAUAGAAGACCUGAUGCUGAUUGGUGGCGCGGUUUUUUGCAGUGAUAUCUCUGUCUUUGAUUGCGUCACCCACAUUUUUCAGUGUGGUGUGUCAGAUGUUUGUUCUUAUUGUCUUUAAAAGGGUGUGUACAGCGGAUGUCAAAGUACAAUGAUCAAGCACUAACAAUAACCUUUCAAAGGUCUAUUUUUUGAUGCAGUUUGUUUUCACGUGCUCUGUGUGAGUUUGUAAUCAAAGGGAAGGGUUUGCUGGAUAGAUGGCUGAGGUGAAAAUGAAGAUGAUCCGUUGGAAUGUUUAUGGGCUCACGUUUUAAGCUGGCCUUGUCGAUUAGCCCCUGGCAUCAAGUCUGUGGGUAACACGGCCUAAACAACAUAGACCUGACUCACAGACUCAUAGACCUGACUCACAGACUCAUAGACCUGACUCACUGACUCACAGACCCGACUCACAGACUCAUAGACCUGACUCACAGACUCAUAGACCCGACUCACUGACUCAUAGACCCGACUCACAGACUCAUAGUCCCGACUCACUGACUCAUAGACCUGACUCACUGACUCAUAGACCUGACUCACUGACUCAUAGACCCGACUCACAGACUCAUAGUCCCGACUCACUGACUCAUAGACCCGACUCACUGACUCACAGACCCGACUCACAGACUCAUAGACCGGACUCACAGACCCGACUCACUGACUCAUAGACCCGACUCACAGACUCAUAGACCCGACU